UGUGCACUGCUCUUGCUUUAGGACAUAUUUAUAUUACACUGCAUACAGGGAUUAAAGGUGACCUAUAGGUCAAACGGUAUAUUAUUAUUUAUAUGCCUAUCUAUCUAUAUAUAUAUGGAUGAGUGUUAUCUUACUCAACAAGGGAAAUGAUUUAUACUGUCAAUUGAAUGAUACCGGUUUCUGUAAUGACAAUAUGUGUGAACAGGAUAUGAAACAUUCUCUUACUAUUCAGGAGGAUUAUUUGUCAGCUUUAUAAUGGUGCCUGGCUGGUUAUGUAAUUAAUAUCCUGAACGAUGGAGCCAUGUUCCGAUAAAUUUCCAAGUACAGAUGAUUUCUAUGCAGAAAUAUCUGCUAGUGCAGCUACUAUAGUUUUGCUCUCGCUCGCUUGCCUUCUGGCUGCUUUGUGUGUUGGCAACUUUGUAGAGGAGCUGCUGUUUCUACAGCGUAUCUAUUAUGGAAAUGAAGUGAAAGUUAUAAAACUGGCAACACUUCUCGGUUUGUAUCCGGUAACAAUACUAACAUCUUUGAUUGCAUUACUGGUCCCAUCAAGCACAAUACUAUUGGAUCUCUUAGCAUCAUGCUAUCUAUCUGUGUGUUUCUACACGUUUGUUACACUAUCCAUAAACUACUUUGGAGGAGAGGAGAAGAUGUUGGAGAUACUUGCAAAUGACAGAGUAAAAACAAGCACCCCACCUUGCUGUUGCUGCUGCUGUUGUAUUCUUAAACCUAUCAAACUAACCAGGAAAAGUCUUCUGUUCUUCAAGUUGUGUUCUUUACAAGUUGCCGUGGUAAGACCAUUGUUACUGUUCAUAGCUGCGGUUCUGUGGACAGAUGGUAAAUACACAAGAGGACUGGGUGGUUCAACAAGUUACCUCUAUAUCACCAUAGUUACCGUCAUCAGUACAUUAUUUUCUAUGUACGGAACCAUGGUGAUUUACCGAGCUUCCUUACUCCACUUGAAGCAAUACUCACUGGCGCUGAAGUAUAUGUCCUUCAAACUGCUGCUUGUGAUAUCCAAUCUGCAGAAUAUUGUGUUUGGAAUUCUUGCAUUGUUCGAUCUUCCGGAAUGUAUCGGAACUCGAGGACCCAAAGUCAGAGGAAGCUACAUUCACCACUCGGUCCUUGUGAUAGAAACGUUCCUUCUUGCCCUCUUAGCACGAAAAGCUUAUCGCAGAGACGAAAAUGACAUCAAAGGGCCCAUUACGGAUUCAGAAGAAGCCGGAUUUGCACCUGAGGACAUUGUUGUUGAUAAAGAAUCAAAGAAUGUAAAUACUAAAGGUGCUGAAAGUGGAUUUGCUGAUAGUUAUAAAGAUCAUCGAGAAAAUAUUUAUAAGUCGUAUGACAAUCCAGGAGCUGACUUUACAGACUGGCAAGCGGUGUCCUAAGAUGUGUGCUGCAUAAGAUCACAUAUGUACCGCGACUAUCGCAAAUCUAUAAGACCUAUAGAAUGUGUAUCCCGGUUUGGUAUUUUAAUUUGCAAACUUUAUUGAAGUUUAAAGACUGAAAGUUUCAGUAUUGUAGUUGUAGGUUAAAUAAAUCGAACUCUGUAAACGUAUUGAUCGCAAAUCUUUAAUAUAGAAUGCCUGAUACGCGUUACUUGUUGUCCCUAUCAACAAUACGUAUUCCUCACCCAAAAUAUAGGUCUUGUUCAGUUAUAGCAAUAGCCUUUGUACGAAACCAACAGCUGUUUGAAAAAGAGAAUUAUGCUGCAGAAUCUACCUUACCUCUGGUGUGCUUCAUUUCAUUUCUCGUAACAAAAUGAUUUUAAAUGACGAGGUGCUUUUAGAACUAGUUUAUAUAUAUAUAUAUAUAAAAGAUGCCACUUUGUACAAGUUUAACGUGUGAAGAAUUAAUGAAUGUUCUUUGAUGUUUUUGUUAUGCACCGUUAGACUUUAUAAGUUCUUAGAAUUAUCACCAAUGUCAUAUUCAACUUUACUUUUCAA